AUGAUUGCAUCUUACGCAAAACUCUUCGCCGCCGUGUGUGGCCUGGCUUCGACCGCCGCCGCAGUCAACCCGCUCGUUGUCGAGGGGAAGGACUUCGUCGACAGCGUCACGGGAGAGCGCUUCCAGAUGAUCGGUGUCGACUACCAACCUGGCGGUUCUUCUGGCUUCAAAGGCACCAGCGAUCCCCUCAGCGACCCAGCGUCGUGCUUGCGUGAUGCCGCCAUCAUGCAAUACCUCGGUAUCAACAGUAUCCGUGUAUACAACUUGGCUCCUUCGGCUAAUCACGACGAAUGCGUUUCCAUCUUCAAUGCCGCCGGCAUCUACUUGGUUCUGGACGUCAACUCCCCCCUCGAGAAUGGCUCUCUCAACCGCGCCGCUCCAUGGGAAUCGUACAAUGAUAUCUACAUGCAGCAAGUUUUCGGCAUCAUCGAGUCGUUCAAGAACUUCCCCAACGUCGCUGGUUUCUUCUCUGGCAACGAAGUGAUCAACCAGGAUAGUACUGAAGAUGUUCCAAACUACAUUCGAGCUGUUCAACGUGACAUGAAUGACUACAUCGCCAAGAACUCCAACCGUACGAUCCCUGUCGGUUACUCCGCUGCUGAUGUUCGCCCAAUGCUGGUUGACACUGCUUAUUACUUGUCAUGCAACCUCACCAACGCAACUGACUCUCGCUCUGCCUUCUUCGGUCUCAACUCGUACUCGUGGUGCGGUGACGCAACCUACGAAUCCAGUGGCUACAACGUACUUACCGAUGACUUCAAAAACGUUUCUAUCCCCGUCUUCUUCUCGGAGACUGGCUGCAAUGCCGUCAAGCCACGAACAUUCAGCGAGAUUGAAUCAAUCUACUCAACCAACAUGACCGAUGCCAUUUCCGGUGCUCUCAUCUACGAAUGGACUCAGGAAGCGAAUGAUUACGGGCUCGUCCAGAUCAACGACAACGGAACUAUUACUCUUCUUACCGAUUUUAUAAAUCUAAAGGCAGCGUACGACAAGCUUGAUUUCAGUGCUAUUGUUGCGUCAAACGCUACCCAGAACUCAAUCGAAGCUCCCGUCUGUGACCCUGACUUUAUUACUUCCAAUGUUACCAAGGAUUGGGAUAUCCCAACUCGCAUCGCUGGAAUCGACAAGAUGAUCAACGACGGUUAUACAACAAAUGUUUCCGUUGGUUCAUUGGUUUCUGUCUCCUCGACUAACCUAACUCAGACCAUCUACGACCCUUCGGGCAACAUUAUCAGUGGUAUCAUGCUGAAUGUUCUCGCCAAUGGGACCGUUAACAAGCCCGGCGGCAACAGUACUACCACUACCGUGUCAUCUUCAUCAUCUUCCGCCCUUCCUGACACUGCCAGCUCUAGCAGCAGCUCUAUCGGCAGCUCUGCUUCUGCUUCCACAACCACUGGCGCUGCUGUCUCACAUCGCGCUGCCACUAUUUCAGGUCUCGGUGUCCUAGUUGCUACCGCACUUUUGGCUUUGUAA